CGGUUACUGAGUUGCUGCCUUGGCCAGAGUCCGGAGCAGCCGCCGCCCGAGCGCGCCGAGCUCAGUUCGCAGCCCGCGCCGGCUCCCAUCCCCGCCCGACCCCAACCCAGCCCGGCCAGGCUCCACACGCAGGUGCGGACGAUCGGAGCAGCAGCCACCAUGGAGGUGAUGAACCUGAUCGAACAGCCCAUCAAGGUGACCGAGUGGCAGCAGACAUACACCUAUGACUCGGGCAUCCACUCGGGGGCCAACACCUGCGUGCCCUCGGUCAGCAGCAAAGGCCUCAUGGAGGAGGACGAGGCCUGCGGGCGCCAGUACACGCUCAAAAAGACCACCACCUACACCCAGGCGGUGCCCCAAAGCCAAGGCGACCUGGAGUACCAGAUGUCCACGACGGCCAGAGCCAAGCGGGUGCGGGAGGCCAUGUGUCCCGGUGUGACGGGAGAGGACAGCUCGCUGCUGCUGGCCACCCAGGUGGAGGGGCAGACCACCAACCUGCAGCGGCUGGCCGAGCCAUCCCAGCUCCUCAAGUCGGCCAUCGUGCAUCUCAUCAACUACCAGGACGACGCUGAGCUGGCCACCCGGGCCCUGCCCGAGCUCACCAAACUGCUCAACGACGAGGACCCGGUGGUGGUGACCAAGGCGGCCAUGAUCGUGAACCAGCUGUCGAAGAAGGAGGCGUCUCGGCGGGCGCUGAUGGGCUCGCCCCAGCUGGUGGCAGCCGUCGUGCGCACCAUGCAGAACACCAGCGACCUGGACACGGCCCGCUGCACCACCAGCAUCCUGCACAACCUCUCCCACCACCGCGAGGGGCUGCUUGCCAUCUUCAAGUCCGGCGGCAUCCCUGCCCUGGUCCGCAUGCUCAGCUCCCCUGUGGAGUCCGUCCUGUUCUACGCCAUCACCACGCUGCACAACCUGCUGCUCUACCAGGAGGGCGCCAAGAUGGCAGUGCGCCUGGCCGACGGGCUACAGAAGAUGGUGCCCCUGCUGAACAAGAACAACCCCAAGUUCCUGGCCAUCACCACCGACUGCCUGCAGCUCCUGGCCUAUGGCAACCAGGAGAGCAAGCUCAUCAUCCUGGCCAAUGGAGGACCCCAGGCCCUCGUGCAGAUCAUGCGCAACUAUAGUUACGAGAAGCUGCUCUGGACCACCAGCCGCGUGCUUAAGGUGCUGUCUGUGUGUCCCAGCAAUAAGCCUGCCAUUGUGGAGGCCGGUGGGAUGCAGGCCCUGGGCAAACACCUGACAAGCAACAGCCCCCGCCUCGUGCAGAACUGCCUCUGGACCCUGCGUAACCUCUCGGACGUGGCCACCAAGCAGGAGGGCCUGGAGAGUGUACUGAAGAUUCUGGUGAACCAGCUGAGCGUGGACGAUGUCAACGUCCUCACCUGUGCCACGGGCACUCUGUCCAACCUGACCUGCAACAACAGCAAGAACAAGACGCUGGUGACGCAGAACAGCGGCGUGGAGGCGCUCAUCCACGCCAUCCUGCGCGCGGGCGACAAGGAUGACAUCACGGAGCCCGCCGUCUGCGCCCUGCGCCACCUCACCAGCCGCCACCCCGAGGCGGAGAUGGCCCAGAACUCCGUGCGCCUCAACUACGGCAUCCCGGCCAUCGUCAAGCUGCUCAACCAGCCCAACCAGUGGCCACUGGUCAAGGCAACCAUCGGUCUGAUCAGGAAUCUGGCCCUGUGCCCAGCCAACCAUGCCCCACUGCAGGAGGCAUCGGUCAUCCCCCGCCUCGUCCAGCUGCUGGUCAAGGCCCAUCAGGAUGCCCAGCGUCACGUGGCUGCAGGCACACAGCAGCCCUACACGGAUGGCGUGAGGAUGGAGGAGAUUGUGGAGGGCUGCACCGGAGCCCUGCACAUCCUCGCCCGGGAUCCCAUGAACCGCAUGGAGAUCUUCCGACUCAACACCAUCCCCCUGUUUGUGCAGCUCCUGUACUCUUCCGUGGAGAACAUCCAGCGUGUGGCCGCAGGGGUGCUGUGCGAGCUGGCCCAGGACAAGGAGGCGGCUGACGCUAUUGAUGCCGAGGGGGCCUCGUCCCCCCUCAUGGAGCUCCUGCACUCCCGCAAUGAGGGCACUGCCACCUAUGCUGCUGCUGUCUUGUUCCGCAUCUCUGAGGACAAGAACCCAGAUUACCGUAAGCGUGUGUCUGUGGAACUCACCAACUCCCUCUUCAAGCACGACCCUGCAGCCUGGGAGGCUGCCCAGAGCAUGAUUCCCAUCAAUGAACCCUAUGCCGAUGACAUGGAUGCCACCUACCGCCCCAUGUACUCAAGUGACGUGCCCCUGGACACCCUGGAGAUGCACAUGGACAUGGACGGGGACUAUCCCAUGGACGCCUACAGCGAUGGCCUCAGGCCCCCCUACCCCGCUGCAGACCACAUGCUGGCCUAGCUGGCUGGACCCCAGCGCUGUUCCCCAUCUGAGAGGCUCUCCGUGCAGGCGAUGGGACGAGAUAGCAAAGUGCCUGAGCCCGGGCAGCAGGGCUGCGACUUCCGGCUGAACCCCGCGCCUCCAGAGGUCCCUCUGUAGGGUCUUUCUUGGGAUGGUGAUCUGCUCCUGCUUUUCUGUUCUGGGCCGUGGGUCCAGGGCCCGACACCCCCUCCCCACCCCCGAAGCCCUGGCACUAAAACUUUAGACUCCAGGCACUCACUCUGUCCCCCUAGAAACCCCUCCCCGUCUCCUCCCCGGCCGCCCUUCUCCAGCAGCUGGGCCCCUUGGGGCCUUGGGUUGCUUCUCUGGCUCUGAUUAUGUCAUAGAACUCCACCCAACCAACUGUGCUGAGCCCCCGGGGUCUCCAGGCCCCAGGUUCAAGGCCCAAAGACUCAGAAUCCAAAGCUUAUCUUGAGAAGUUCAGGGAUCGUCCGGGGAGAUGGGGUGGAGAUGCGGAGAGCGAGUCCCCCGCUCCGGGACACUGCCUGCUCCUCUCUCCUGGAUGUUCAAUGGCUUUGGCCCCCUCCCAGGGGAGCUAGGGGACAGCUCCCUCCUCGCCCCUCUCCCCUGCGCCCCCCCAUCCCACCCACACAACCACCCUAGCUGACCCCCAAGAAGUGCUCUUGGCUGACCCCUCUGGUGUGCGGUGAGGGGCUUUCUCUUCCCCUUCCUGUUUCAAACUCCCCCCCCCAUUGCCUUCUGCACAGGGGUGUGGGGGGCUGAGGGAGGUCCCAGCAGAGAGUUUUAUUAUUAUCGCUUUAUGUUUUUGGUUAUUGGUUUUUUUUGUAUAGACCAAAGCAAAGAAAAUAAAACUAACACACAGA